AUGAGCAGUGGUUCAGCAGGAGCACCGGCACUUUCUAACAAUUCUGCGACUUCUGUGGGGAAGGAGAAAUCAGGUAAUAUUUCCGGUGACGAAUAUCUCUCUCAAGAGGAAGAAGUUUUUGACGGUAAUGAUAUUGAGAACAACGAAACCAAAGUUUAUGAAGAAUCCUUAGACUUGGACUUGGAACGUAGUAAUAGACAAGUCUGGUUAGUUAGAUUGCCGAUGUUUCUAGCAGAGAAAUGGAGGGACAGAAACAACUUGCACGGUCAAGAAUUGGGUAAAAUUAGAAUAAACAAGGACGGUAGUAAAAUCACACUACUUCUGAAUGAAAACGAUAACGAUUCUAUACCGCACGAGUAUGAUUUAGAGCUUACAAAAAAAGUGGUAGAAAACGAAUAUGUUUUUACUGAACAAAAUUUAAAGAAAUAUCAACAACGAAAAAAGGAGUUGGAGGCAGAUCCUGAAAAGCAAAGACAAGCUUACUUGAAGAAACAAGAACGUGAGGAAGAACUUAAGAAGAAGCAGCAGCAACAAAAACGUAGAAACAAUAGAAAAAAGUUCAAUCACAGAGUUAUGACAGAUAGGGAUGGAAGAGAUAGAUAUAUACCAUAUGUGAAAACGAUUCCUAAAAAAACUGCCAUUGUAGGUACUGUCUGUCACGAAUGUCAGGUUAUGCCAUCAAUGAAUGAUCCUAAUUAUCAUAAAAUUGUUGAACAGAGAAGAAAUAUCGUCAAGCUUAAUAAUAAGGAAAGAAUUACAACUUUGGAUGAAACCGUUGGUGUGACGAUGAGUCACACCGGUAUGUCUAUGAGGUCAGACAACUCGAAUUUCCUGAAAGUGGGACGUGAGAAAGCCAAGAGCAAUAUCAAAUCUAUUCGUAUGCCAAAAAAGGAAAUCUUGGACUAUUUGUUCAAAUUGUUUGAUGAAUAUGACUACUGGUCUUUGAAGGGGUUGAAGGAACGUACUAGGCAACCUGAAGCACAUUUAAAGGAAUGUUUAGAUAAGGUUGCCACUCUUGUGAAAAAGGGCCCGUAUGCAUUCAAGUAUACUUUAAGGCCAGAGUACAAAAAAUUGAAAGAGGAGGAGAGAAAGGCAACUUUAGGUGAGCUAGCUGAUGAGCAGACAGGUUCCGCUGGUGACAGUGCACAAGGAGAAGCGGAGGCUGAUUUGGAGGAUGAAAUAGAAAUGGAAGAUGUCGUUUAG